AUGGACUUCGACUUCGAUCACCAGAAGACGCUGAGAAGUCUCGAACAAUCAGCGCGAAUACCUUGUUUUAUCUGUCGGCGCAUCUGGGAGGACUGGCUCCGAAAUCCCCGAUCGAAAGACCCCUCGGAUGGUGGCGACGACUUUCCGCUCGUCGUGGCACAUAUUACUCCUUUGUCUGAGAAGAACUCGUACCGCCUUGAUUUCUCGCUGCGGGGAUUCGGGUACUGGAAUGAGGCAGACCGGAUAGGGAUACUGCUGCUCCAGAAAACAGAUGGCGAAAAAGAUACAUUGAAGGUUACUCGAUCUCGGAGUCUGAACUCGCCAGAGGUUCUCGGAUUGGCAAAGUCGUGGGUUUCUGCGUGUGUUGGGCCUGGACACAAGAAUUGCCCUUCGAGUGGCUUUGAAAGUCGAGCUGGGUUGCAGCGAAGCUCGGACGGCUUGAUCAACUCGAAAGCCUCGGGAUCCUCUGGUAAAAUAGGUAAUCCCAAGUUUGAGAGGCCGUUCUACCCCACGCGGCUCAUCGAACUGGGACCGCUGAGUUCUACCACCGUCAAACUUGUCGUGACGAGCGAUUUGAUGCACCCCAAUGCCGAAAAUGCACACAAACCAGUCGGUAGAUACGUAACACUUAGCCACUGCUGGGGCCACGCCAAAUUUCUCACUCUUACGAAAAGUAACGUUUGUUCUUUUACAAGAGACGGUAUACCAUUAGAAAAACUCACCCGCACCUUCCAACACGCCAUCGAUUUCGCGCGCCGACUCGGCUCAGGCGUGGAGUACAUCUGGAUAGACUCCCUCUGCAUCAUUCAAGGCGACAAGCCAGACUGGAUGCACGAAUCAACGCAGAUGUACGACGUCUACCGAAACUCGUUCCUGAAUAUCUCCGCGACGGCUGCCGAGAACGGGUCGCAAGGCUUGUACGUGGGGCGAGACCCGGAGCGGCUGGACCGCGAGGAUGUGACGCUGGAUGUAGGAGUUGUGAGCAAGCCUGCGUCGUGGUAUCCCCGGAUCCUAUCUAAAUCGGAGCCCGGGUGUGCCAAGACGCUGACCCAACGUUGGAACAUUGUCGAUCCGUCGCAUUGGAACCGCAUUGUUGAUGCGGCGCCUGUUAAUACGCGGGGUUGGGUGUUGCAGGAACGGCUGCUGGCGCCGCGGGUGCUACACUUCUGCAAAGACCAGAUCGCAUGGGAGUGUCGCGAAUUCGAGGCUUCUGAGAGCUGUCCUGCCGGUAUCGAUCUCGAGCUGAACUGCGGUAUCAUCAAGCCAAAGACCCGAUUCAAGGACCUUAUGGCGAGGAAGGACGGGACAAAGGUAUCAUCCUCAGACGCAGCAGCUGUUGCUUCCGAGGUCGACUGGAAAGCCAUCGUUGAGAAGUACUCUUUGUUGAAACUCACUCAAGCGAAAGACAAACUGGUCGCGCUUGCUGGCAUCGCCGGACAGAUGUACCCGCUUUUUGAAGCUCCAUACGUGGCUGGCAUGUGGAAUAAUAAGCACUUUACCAGCCAGCUAUUGUGGCGCGUCGAACCUCGCUUUCAUAAAGGGGUAUUCUCGUAUCCGUCGAGACGACCAGAAGUGUAUCGUGCACCUAGCUUUUCCUGGGCAGCGAUCGACGCACCUGAUGGGGUCAAAUGUGCCCCGGCUCUAGAAGAGACAAGCUUGCUGAUCAGGAUGGUCCGAAUAAGAGUAAAUCCAGAGCCGGAAUCGAACAGUAAAUUCGGUCUCGUCCAGAGAAAUGCGUACACUGAUAUUGCAUGCCAAAAACACCAAGUGGCAAUUGAUAGAAAAGUCCGCAAGACAGCAAACGGUACACGAGAAGAUAUUUUUACCUGGACUCUGGUCGCUGGCAGCAAGGAUAUCGCGAAUAUGCAGCCGAGCGUGUAUCUCGACAGCCCCGAGGAUGACUUUGAGCAGAUCCGCAGCCGUAAUCCUGUAUCUUCCACGUGGCUUGUCCCAGCCCACAGGAAUAGUUCUGGAGAUCUGGUUUGCCUUCUAUUGCAGCAGAUAGAGACUGGAUUUCGACGAGUGGGGUUGAGUGUCAGUCCCCGCUAUAUGAGCUCUGGAAGAGGGAUCUUGGGCGACAAGUCUGCUCAUGCGAUCGGCGAUGUUAGGAGAUGGGAUGAAGAAGUAAUCCGGAUUUUCUGA